GCAAAUAGUAAUGACUCGGCUGGGGCACGAAUGGAACACCAGCCCCCGGGCUGCGGACUUAAACAGUCCAAUAGCCCACAUCUUAGAGCGCAACUCGAACUUCUAGUACUGUCACUGUCCCAUUUCCGAUCCCACACUCCCGCUGGAAUGCGCGACCAACUGACAUCGAUGUUGGGGUUACCUUGGCAUCCGCAGUUUUCGCUUCAACUGCACUUUCAUUGGUGUUAGGUUAUAAAAGCAGCCCGACCACCUCCGCAACUUGGCUGUCUCUGUCUCAGCUUGCACCGCCUCAACAGCCAGUCAACAUGUGGAAGUAUCUCGGAUGGCUCGCUUUUUUUGCCGGCGUCAGCAGUCUGGGUCAGCUGAUCCUCGAUCCGUCGCUGGUCCCCUGCACCCGCUGUUUGCGGAGUCUGCCUCUGCCGCUCUACCACUUUAUUCCACUGCGAGAGCUGGCCGCCAAGUCCCUGAUGGUUGGCGACUCGGACCCAAAAUCGCAUCGUAGAAGAAGACAGCAAAUUAUCCAGGAGGUGGUCGUCGAGAACAACUUUGGAGGUCCUGGAUUCGGGGGCCCUGGAUUCGGUGCUCCUGGUUUCGGAGGUCCCGGAUUCGGAGGUGCUCCUGGUUUCGGAGGUCCUGGAUUCGGAGGUGGACCUAGUUUCGGUGGUCCUGGAUUCGGUGGUCCUGGACUCGGUGGUCCUGGAUUCGGUGGUCCUGGAUUCGGAGGUCCUGGAUUCGGUGGUCCUGGAUUCGGAGGUCCUGGACUCGGAGGUAGACAUGGGAAGUUUUUUAACAAAGGAUUUUCCCGUAGCUAUGACCAGGCGAGUGAAAAUGAAGCAGCCGAGGGGCCCGACAACCAGCAGUAUGAAACAUCCAGCCAAGUUGCUUCGCCAACCUGUCCGAAAAACUACGUGUUCUCUUGUGAAGCAGUUAUCAAGUCGGUGCCUUGUGGAUCCAGCACAUGUGCUGGGGUUUGAGCACAUGAUCAAUAAUAAACUUGAGAUGAUAAGGAA